UUUUUCUUCCUAAAAGAAAAGGUUGUCUUGAAUUUGAUGUGAGCUUCUUCUUCUUCUUCACAUUCACACAUAAACACAAUCUCUCUCUCAUCACGUUACCUUCAUUAUUCCAUUCCUUACAGAACCGACAAAAGCAUCACAAAAAGCACAAUUCAUUCUUAAUCCAUCCAAAUUCCGCAUCGCAUUGGACACACACUAUUGCCCACUCCAAACUUGUCCACAAUCUCGCCACAAAGGGUUGAUCUUGGUCAUUGAUCUCAUCAUCACAGGAACCAGUUACCUGAAUCUCCUAUGUGGUUUUGCUAUGUUUUAUAAUUGACAUUUAGAUAGAUAUUAGAUAUUUUUCUAUGGUUUUGAAAGAUUACAGUGUUGAGUGUAGCUAGGGUUUGAUUGAAUGACAUGAAUUGGGGUACACCUAAAGAUUCACCCAAAAUGUCUUACCAUCCAAGACCACUUUCUUGGAUUGUUGUUUUAGUUGGAGCACUUGCAAUUUUCUUAAUCUAUGCUUCAUUUGUUCUUGUUUCAUCGCCGAUUGGUGCCACGUUUCAUGGAUAUUUUUAUGGUAUAGGUAGUUCUGAGAAGUUAGAUGUAUCUGGAUCUCCCAUAAAUGAUGCUUCUAUUGAUAAUAAACCGUCUUUAGAUUCACAAUCUUCCACUGGCACUAGUGAUAGCAAUAUAGAAAAAACCGAUACCACUUCAAACUCGGAAGUAGACAAUAGUAAGUCUAGUUCUGUGGAACUUCCAACAAGUGAGGAUGUGAAUAAAACCUCUGAUGUGAAACUUCCACCAAAACCCACGACUUCGUUUGGCGAUAGUGUAGAUACGGCCAAUACUAGUUUGCCUGCUCAAGCAAAUUCACAAGUUGAUUCAACUUCAAGUGCAACUGUUUCGGUUGAAGCAGGUGCCGGUUCUUCCAAUUUGACGGGUGGUAUUAGAACUGAAGAACCCCCUUCUACGGUUUCAAAUGAUCAGUCCGGUGGUGUCAUUAUAGCACCAAAGGAAACCUCCACGACUUCUGAUAAUUCCACAUUAACAGCUGUUCCAGAAUCAGUAAAGAAGCCUGACAAUGCAUCCAAUGCCGGUUCAGUUAAUUCAGGCUGUGAUCUGUACCAUGGGAAUUGGGUACAUGAUCCAUUGGGACCACUUUACACAAACAAUACAUGCCCUGUAUUGACACAGAUGCAGAAUUGCCAGGGUAAUGGGAGGCCUGACAAAGAUUAUGAGAAUUGGCGAUGGAAGCCCUUUCAGUGUGACAUCCCACGAUUUGAUCCUAGGAAAUUUUUGGAGCUGAUGAGAGGGAAGACCUUGGCUUUCAUUGGAGAUUCAGUAGCUCGAAACCAGAUGGAAUCAAUGUUGUGUAUUCUGUGGCAGGUAGAGGUACCAAAGAAUCGGGGAAAUCGUAAUAUGCAACGAUAUUAUUUUAGGUCCGCAUCUGUAAUGAUAGUCCGGAUAUGGUCCUCAUGGCUUGUCAAAGUGACAUCUGAACCAUUUGAUUAUGCUCCAGCUGGUGUGGAUAAGCUCCAUCUUGAUGCCCCUGACCCGAAGUUAAUGGAAAAUAUCCCAAAUUUUGACGUGGUUGUCCUUUCUUCUGGUCAUUGGUUUGCUAAGAAGUCUGUGUAUAUCUUGAAUAACGAGAUAGUGGGAGGACAGUUAUGGUGGCCUGACAAGUCCAAGCAGAUGAAGGUCAACAACAUUCAAGCAUAUGCUAUAUCUGUAGAAACAAUUCUUACUGCUCUUGCUACACAUCCAACUUACAAAGGUCUCGCAAUUGUACGGUCCUAUUCACCAGAUCAUUAUGAGGGUGGAGCCUGGAACACCGGUGGAUCAUGCACCGGGAAGGUUAAGCCUCUUGCACUUGGUGAACUGGUAGAAAAUGCAUACACAAAUACGAUGCAUGAGCAACAAGUUACAGGCUUUAACCGAGCUAUGGAAAAGGCUGCAAAUAAAUCAAAGUUGAGGUUAAUGGACAUUACUCAAGUGUUUCAAUACCGGCAUGACGGUCAUCCUGGGCCUUACAGGAGCCCCGACCCAAAUAAGAUCACGAAACGUGGCCCAGAUGGAAGGCCACCACCACAGGAUUGCUUGCACUGGUGCAUGCCAGGUCCUGUCGAUACCUGGAAUGAACUUGUCUUGGAAAUCAUCAAGAGAGAAUAUGAAGGUGGAAGUGCAUCAUGAGAUGUUACGCUCACCUCAUGAGAUUUGAUUAAAUAGCGCAAACAUCCCUUCUAUUUUUCAAAUGACCACUUACCACCCCAUAUUUGUCGGGAGAUUGCACUCACACCUUUGGUUCUGUUCAAAUGAAACCCCCUUUUACUUUACAUGAUAGAUAGAAUGUGUGUAAUUAAGGGAAGUUCAAGAUCUUAUACAGUAUAUAGAGGUGAUGGAUGUGUCAUUUAUGAAAAGCAUACUAUAGAGGCGGGGGUGUAAUAUCCUCUUUAUUUUAUUUUCUUUCUUUGAUGACAUUCAAGCUGCAUGUUGUGCUUCUGCACUCAUGAGAUUGACUUGUGUAGACUUUAUAGAGAGAGGUAAAAAUAGGUCUCGGCUGUAUCUUUUAUCACAGAAUAAUAUUAUAUCAUAGAGAAAUUUAUUUAUUUAUUUUUAAGGAUUGGGAUGGUAAGCUCCUAGCUUAUGAAA